GUGUGUGAUUAACCCAAAACACAUUCACAUUCUCCCCUUCUUCUUCUCCUCUCUCGACACAAACCCUAGAAAAACACACACAACCCCAAAACCCAGAUCUUCAAUUCACAAUCAUCUCUUCCCCCAAUCAAAAUUCAUUGAACCCAAUCACAUCUUCUCUUCAAUUCUAUCAGAAAGUUAGUACCUCUCUUGAUGAUGGGUAUCGAUUAGACUUGGGUUCUUGUAGAAAUUGAAAUUAAAAUACAUUUAGGGGAUUUUUUGGGGGAUUUUUAGGUGUUUUUAUUUGAAUUGAAUGGAGCCUAGAGUUGGGAAUAAGUUUAGAUUAGGGAGGAAGAUUGGCAGUGGUUCAUUUGGUGAGAUUUAUUUAGGUACUAAUAUUCAGACUAAUGAAGAGGUAGCUAUUAAGCUGGAAAAUGUGAAGACGAAGCAUCCACAAUUGUUGUAUGAGUCAAAAUUGUACAGAGUUCUUCAAGGAGGAACUGGAAUUCCUAAUGUGAGAUGGUUUGGGGUCGAAGGGGACUACAAUGUCCUUGUUAUGGAUCUACUUGGACCUAGUUUGGAAGAUCUCUUUAACUUCUGUAGUAGGAAACUUUCUUUAAAGACGGUUCUAAUGCUUGCUGAUCAGAUGAUCAAUCGAGUUGAAUUUGUUCAUGCCAAAUCUUUCUUGCAUCGAGAUAUCAAGCCUGACAAUUUUCUUAUGGGCUUGGGAAGGCGUGCAAACCAGGUGUACGUAAUUGAUUUCGGAUUGGCUAAGAAGUACAGAGAUCCUCAGACCCACCAGCAUAUUCCAUAUAGAGAAAACAAGAAUUUGACUGGAACUGCACGGUAUGCAAGCAUGAAUACCCACCUUGGAAUUGAACAAAGUCGAAGAGAUGAUUUAGAAUCACUUGGCUAUGUGCUUAUGUACUUCUUAAGAGGAAGUCUCCCCUGGCAAGGACUGAGAGCAGGAACAAAGAAACAAAAGUAUGAAAAAAUUAGUGAAAAGAAGGUUUCCACGUCCAUCGAGGCUUUAUGUCGGGGUUAUCCUUCAGAGUUUGCAUCUUACUUUCAUUACUGCCGUUCACUGCGGUUUGAUGAUAAGCCUGACUAUGCUUAUUUGAAAAGAAUAUUCCGUGAGCUUUUCAUUCGCGAAGGUUUCCAGUUUGAUUAUGUAUUUGACUGGACUAUUCUGAAGUAUCAGCAAUCUCAGAUGAGCACUCCUCCCUCACGCUCACCUGCUGCUAUUGCCGGCCCAAGUGCAGGAGCCCCCCUUGCUAUUGCAAAUGCUGACAGGCAGACAGGUGCCGAGGAAGGAAGAGCACUUGGUUGGUCUCCAGUUGAUCCUUCUCGGAGGAGGCCCCCUGGGCCAGCUAUUAAUGCGGGGAGCUUAUCCAAACAGAAGAGUCCUGUUGCAGCUGAUUCAGCUACAAUGAGUAGAGAUAAUAUGUUAAGUAGCUCUAAUCUUUUGGGACGAUCAACUGGAUCUUCAAGGCGGCCUGCAGUUUCUAGUAGCCGAGAUGUGACCGGCUCAGAGUCAGUUGAUCUAGCUCGUCCUCGUACUACUGAGGCAAGUUCAGCAUUCAGAAGGGUUUCAGCCGGGCAAAGAAGUUCACCUGUUGGGUCGGCAGAACCACCCAAACGUACAACUUCCGGUAGGAACAGCUCUAACAUAAAGAAUUAUGAAUCAACUCUGAAAGGCAUUGAAGGCCUGAAUUUUGACAAUGAUGAGAGGGACAAGUCUCAGUAUUAGCCCACGUUGCUGCUUAUCGAGUUGACAUCAAUUGAUCAACUCCACUCUUAUUAUCAUCUCUCCCAUGUAAAUCAUAAACUGUUACUACUUUAUUAAAUCUGGAAUUACAAUUUUUAUUUCGAAGGGAGUCCUGUAACUGAUAAAAGCGCUACCGUAUGGAAUUGGAAGAGAUUGUCGAGAAAACUGCUUGGUGUGAAAGAAGUGGUGGCCAAAUAAGAAAAGCAGACCACAUCAAGGAACAGAAGGGCAGCUGAAACUCAGAUAAGAAGACCAAUUGUAUUUUAAUUCUUUUUUCGUUUACGUUUUUACAGUACUUCGAUAAAUGUUAAAAUUGUAAGCUUUUUCUUCCUCAUUUACAAGAUUGACAAUGGUUGUAAUCAACCACUUGGUAAAAUUUUUAUACCACUUGUUAAGGAUCUUGUUUUUAGCAUUAAAAA